GUGGUGGGGUCCACCUGAAAUUUUUAUCUGUGUCAUGUUUGGGACCAUGCUCCACAAUAUAGUUACAAAACAUAUGGACGGCGUGGAUAUACAAUACAUACAUCGAAGUGGGUCCUACGGUCAGGGUCGCACCCACAUCAAUGGUUCCGGGGUUGCAGCCGCACUCCACAGGACCACAACAAGUACCAUCCCCUCUUCUCUUCCCUCAGCAGGAGUCGUUUGGCACCCACAAAAUCUUCGAUUUCGUAAAAGGUCGUCGAGAAGAGCUGCCGCUGCCGCCGCUCAAAAGGGAAGACUUGUGGUAUGGGAGCUGGGCGCAAGCUCAAAACACAUAGGAGGAGACAAAAAUGGGCUGACAAAUCAUACAAGAAGAGCCAUCUUGGAAAUGAAUGGAAGAAACCAUUUGCAGGUUCUUCCCAUGCCAAGGGAAUCGUUCUUGAGAAGAUCGGAAUUUGAAGCUAAGCAGCCCAACUCUGCUAUCCGUAAGUGUGCGAGAGUUCAAUUGAUUAAGAACGGAAAGAGGUUAGUAGCAUUCGUCCCCAAUGACGGUUGCCCUAACUACAUUGAGGAAAAUGAUGAAGUUUUGAUUGCUGGAUUUGGCCGUAAAGGUCAUGUCGUUGGAGAUAUUCCUGGAGUCAGGUUCAGGGUCAUGCAAAAAACAGCCUUGCAUGUAGAUGUAUCCUCCUAUACAGUUACAUAAUGCAUCCUUUUGGGGACUAUACCAUUGGACGGAGCAAGGCAUGUGAAAAUCUAAGAUUUUCUUAAAUGCAAUGAAUCUCGCUUGCAACAAUUGCCUUGCCAAAUCUAUGAUCCUAUUCCGUUGGGGGAGGGUGCUGGUGCCGGGUGGAUGAAAGGGGUUGAUUCCAUGGCAAUGCCUGAAGGUUCUACAUUGUUUUACCUGAUUCAAACAGGGCUUGCUUACACACAUGCUGCAGUUGGAGUAGUAGUUUAUUUGAGGCAGGAGUUGUCAUCGGUGAAAGAUGUUCCUGUCCUUAUUGCAAUUGACCAGUAUAAUAGCUGGUAUACAUUCAGUGGGUAUGAGGAACCAGUAACACCUCGUUCUUGCCAUCCAAUCCAUGCAAGGGAAAUCUCAACGGUUAGUAUUACAAUCUUUUUAUUUCAUUGUUGCAGAUUAUGUACGCAAGUCAGUAUUGAAAAAUUUCUUCUCAUCACUUGAGUUUCAUUAGUUCCAUUUACCUUCAAACUACAUCUUCAUUGAAUUUUUCAUGGUAAUUCCAUUGUGAUGUAUUGAGAGAAAGAUGGACAUGAUAAACUGGAUCCUUCUAACUAGGUGUCACACCCA